CGGGCGGACGCUCUUCAGUCAGUCAGAGAACAAGCACUUCGUUAAGGAUGACUUCAGAGACAGCACCGACGCAAAUCCCGAUCCCGGAGAAGAUCAAGAGGGAAUUCGACUGGUUCAAAGUGAUAGUCUUCCUCCAUCUGAACGCCCUAACCAUACUCGGUAUCUACUUGCUGCCGAACGCCUUGACGAGGACAUGUCUCUACGGUUUGGUCUUGGUGCUUCUUGGGAUUCUGGGCGUUACUGCCGGUUCCCAUCGCCUUUGGGCGCACAACUCUUACAAAGCGACUACCAAGUUAAAGGUUUUCCUGAUGCUUUGUCAGACUCUGGUCGGACAGGGAAGCAUUUACAAUUGGGUACUGCAACACAGGAUCCACCACAAGUUUAACGGAACGAGCUUUGAUCCUUACAAUUACAAGAAAGGUUUCGUCUAUUCGCACUUCAUGCACUUCUUGCAGAAGAGGCACGAGUUUCAGGAUAAGGUCGAAUCAGAAAUCGACAUGUCCGAUAUCGAAGAAGAUAAGGUCGUCAUGUUCCAGAAGAAGUAUUAUUGGGUGUUUUACAUCGUGGUUUUCGCUCUGCUGCCGAUGAACGCUCCUGCUGAAUAUUGGGGCGAGAACAUACUUGUCUCCUGCGUUUUGAUCGGAUGGGUCCGAUACUACAUGGUUCUGAACGCCGCGUGGCUCGUUAAUAGCGCCGUCCACAUCUGGGGUUUGCAACCAGGAGAGAAGUUUCCGUGCGACACGAACAUGGUCUUCUUUGUGGACAAGAACUACUGGAUCCAGUACCAUUACUUGGCGCCGUGGGACUACCUUUGCUCGGAGUUUGGCAAGUACGGAACCGAUUGCACCACCAAGUUCAUCAGAGCUUGCGCUGCCAUCGGAUGGGCUUCGGAUCUGAAGACCGUCGAUCCGGAGACGGUACGAGAGAUGGCCUUCCAGUCGAUCGAAACGAAAACAUCCGUCGCCGAUUGUUUCGCUCAAGUGGAAAAAGUCUCCAUCGAGAAGCAGUACUAUCUGAAGCCCAUGCUGUAAACAAUUUCAGUUUGUUAAUACAAAAUUACAUAAUUUUAUUUAAAAAAAAAAUAUGACAACUCCCUAAAUAUGAUAACUUUUUCUAAUCUUUAAUUUGAAAUAAGAGAAAGACGAAUAAAGAAAACCACAGAGUU